GUCGAGCUGCUGGGGGAAGGCCUGGUCGGCUCGCACCUCCGGCGGGUCGUCCACGCCAGCAGCCUGCCCAAGGUCGAGCGUUGCUGUGCCAGCAGCGCGGGCGAGCCCUCGGAGGCGUUCCUCGCCACGCUGUGCCGCAGGCCGCCCGGGGAGGCCGCUGGCGGGCAGGAGUUCGAGGCGAGGCUCAUCCCCUACGAGGUGACCAGGAAGGACGUGCACCUCUGCGUCCAGGUGAGGGCGAGCGCCCCAGCGGCCGACGCCUCCGCCGCCGGCGCGCCGGGCAGCGGCGGCGCCGCCGCGACCCUCGGCGGCCAGGAGGCGGAGGAGGCGGAGGACUCCUUGGUGAGCUUCGCCAUCUCGAGCUCCCAGGCGUGCCCGGAUCGCCUGAAGCAUCUCGGGGACAGCAUCAGCUGCUCCCUGACGGUGUCGAGCUUCAGCGAGGCGUCUGGGGCCCUGUCGCGCAACCCGCGCGUGGGCUGGCCUCCGUCGGCGUUGUCGCUGGAGGCGGACGCCGGGGCCCAGGCGGACCUGGUGCACGAG